UUACCACACAGGUUCAUGCAUGACGGUAUACCUGGAAGUUGGCUGUACGGCAAGAGCGAGAACGGCUACAUGGACGGUGACCUGUUUCUGACGUGGUUCAGAGAAAUAUUUCUGAUUAACUGCGGCAGGGAGAGACCCGUCCUGUUAGUCAUGUACAACCAUGAUAGCCAUGUUACGUUGCCAUUGGUGGAGACUGCCCGUUUAAAUGAUGUGGUACUGCUCGGGUUGCCUGCCCACACAACGCACAUUCUUCAACCAUUGGAUGUAAAAGUAAAUGGACCACUGAAGACCAGAUUCAGUAAUCUGGCGACGCAUCUGGGCUUCGCCAACCCAAGCUUGUCAAUAGGAAGAUCGAGAUUGUAGUUCUGCGUCACGCAAUAGAACAGACGACACCCUCCUCUGUUAGACAGGCGUUUGUGGCUACCGGCAUAACCCACAAGCAAUAGAUAAAUCACAAUUAGUUCCAGCAACUUUUACUAAAACAAAUU